AUGCAGUCGCUGGACUACCUGCCCUUGAUCAAGAAGCACCUCACCGACAAAGGCACCUUCUACAAGCGCCACUACUGCACCACGGCCAUCUGCUGCCCCUCCCGAGUCUCCCUCUGGACCGGCAAGCUCGCCCACAACACCAACGUCACCGACGUGAACCCACCCCAUGGCGGCUACCCCAAAUUCAUCCAACGCGGCCUCAACUCCGCCUACCUGCCCCUUUGGCUGCAAACCGCCGGCUACAACACCUACUACACGGGCAAGCUCUUCAACGCGCACACGAUCGACAACUACGCCACUCCCUACCCGGCCGGCUGGAACGGCUCCGACUUUCUCCUCGACCCCUACACCUACAUGUACCUCAACGCCACCUUCCAGCGCAACCGCCACGCGCCGGUGAGCUACCCGGGCCAGCACUCGGUGGACGUGUUGGCGGGGAAGGCGCUGGGGUUUUUGGACGACGCUGCUGAUGCGGCGAGGGCUGAAGACGGGGGGAGGCCGUUUUUCUUGGGGAUCGCGCCCGUCGCGCCGCAUAGUAAUGUGCAGAUUGCGGGGGAUGCGUGGGCGGGGCCGGUGCCGCCGGGGGGGCCGGACGAGGGGGAUGUGGAGAAGUUGGUGUCGUUUACGCCGCCGAUUCCGGCGAAGAGGCAUGCGAGGUUGUUUGGGAAUGUCACUGUGCCGAGGACGCCGCAUUUUAAUCCGGCGGGGGGCGCGUCGGGGGCGAGUUGGGUGAGGGGGUUGGCGAGGCAGAGUGAGGAGAAUGUGGCGUGGAAUGAUCAUUAUUAUAGGCAGCGGUUGAGGACGCUGCAGUCGGUGGAUGAGUUGGUGGAGGCGGUGGUGAGGAGGUUGGGGGAUUUGGGCGUGCUGGAGGAGACGUAUGUGUUUUAUACGACGGAUAAUGGGUUCCAUAUUGGGCAGCAUCGGCUGCAGCCGGGGAAGGAGUGCGGGUUUGAGGAGGAUAUUAAUAUCCCGUUGAUUGUGAGGGGCCCGGGGGUGCCGCGGGGCGAGGUGGCGGAGGUGGUGACGACGCAUGUGGAUUUGGCGCCGACGAUUUUGGGGAUUGCUGGGGUGGAUGUUGAGAAGGUGGUGAAGGAGGGGGCGGCGGAAUUUGACGGGGAGGGGAUCCCGUUGACCAAGGGGGAGUUGAAGGAGGCGGUCGAGACGAGGCACGAGCAUGUCACGGUGGAGUUUUGGGGGCUUGCGAUAUCUGAGGGCAAGUUCAAGCUGGCGGGGGAUGACGGGCAGCGGUUGGUGGCGAACAACACGUACAAGGCGUUGAGGGUGAUCGGGAAGGAGUACAACUUUUACUACUCCGUCUGGUGUAACAACGAGCACGAGUUGUAUAAUCUCAAGACGGAUCCCUACCAACUCAACAACCUCCUCCACGACACGGCCAAACCCCCCGCCACGCUCAUUGGCGUGCCGUUUGAAAAGGUCAUUGCCCGGCUUGACGCUCUGCUGUUUGUGCUUAAGUCGUGCAAGGGCCAGACGUGCGUGAGGCCGUGGCAUGCGCUGCACCCCGCGGGCAAUGUCCAGAACUUGCACGACGCACUGAGCAGCCGCUUCGAUACCUUUUACGAGCAGGAGCAGAAGAAGGUUAGCUACAACCGUUGUGAGACGGGCUAUCUUGUGGACGCCGAGGGGCCGCAGUUUGAGACGGACGGGUUGGCGUACCGACAGGGGGUGAGGUGGAACACGAUCCAGGACAGUUUGGAUGUGCCGUAUUGA